UUUUCGGCUUCAUUUUUUGUACUCCUGUAAUUUUUCUGUGAUCCUGUAAAUUUUGUGAAAGGGAAACAGGCUAAAAUCAAUAAAAAUAAUAAUAGGAUAACUGAAAGAAGAACAAAAAGAAAAACAACUCCAUUACAACAUGUAUAAUGGAAUCUGGAACUAAAAAUGUAGGAGAGAAUGCAAUACAUUAUGUGCGUUGUUUAAAAUGCCGCAAAAUAUUGAAGUGUUCACGUUUUGACACCGCCGUACUCUUGGAUCAUAUACGAACUGAUCAUCCAGAAAUUGAAAUUGUGGGAAAGGGUAGCGAACCGAAAGCCACAUCUCAACGUUCAAGUUUACGCCCGUCACAUCGUGAUACCACUGUAUCAGAUUCGGUUCUAUCUCGGAAUGGUGCGCCAGAUAUUGAAAUGACCCAUUACUCGAUCAAAUCUGAACAAUGUAAUUUACCUGAAAUUAAACAUUGUAAUCACGAUAACAAUUCAGAGACUAAAGUGAUAUACACUAGACGUUAUAAAAUAAAUACUCCACCGGCAACUACACUUAAUACUCAUAGCCUGCGUACACCUGCGAAACGAAAUCUUUAUCGGACGUCAAUUGAGAAAUGGCGUCCAGCGAACGGAACGAUUUAUUGCCCAAAAUGUGGCUGCAAUAAGAGGCCAUUGAUUAAAACACGUACAGAGCGUUUCACUUAUAACAAUUGCGGUGCUUGCUGUCUCUUAGGGUGUUGGCCCUUUUGCUUUCUGCCCUGCCUCUUUCCUGGACAAAAUGUUGAAUAUUUACAUUGCGCCAAUUGUAAAACAUUCCUGGGUUUAUACGAUCGCGAUUGUAAUUGCAUUAAACCUAAUCGAGAAUAUGUCGAAAACAAAUCAAAUGCUCAGGAAAAUGAUAUCGAUGCAACUAGUCCACCGAAGCAAGGAACACUUACUUAUACUAGAAAUGGUGGUGGUGCCGAAGUAGAAAGCAUGCCUACAAAGGAGGAAAAGCAACAUUUACCAUCAGUUGUAAUUGAUGGCAAACCAGUUCCACCAGAAACGCUUGUUAAAUUACAAAAACUUCGUAAAUACUCAAAAAUAGCUGGGAUUGAUAUCGAUGAGCUUGGCAUCGAUACCGAAGCGUUCCCCCCCGAACGUAAUGAAUCUGAACACAAGAAGGACAAUUAA